UCACCUCAGCACGCGCGGCGAAGAUGGCGGCGGCGGCGGGCGGCGGGGCGCGGGGGCGGCGCGGGCGGCUCUGACCGGGCACCGCGGGCGGCGGGGAGCGAGCCCGGAGGGAGCCCCGAGAGCUCCGCGGGCAGCGGGGAGCUGGCACAGCCCCCCUCGGGGGGCGGGGAGGGUGGCGCGGAAGGCGGGGGCGCUGCCGGCGAGCCCGGCCGUGAGGGGCAGCGCGAGGGGCAGCGCGCGGGCCGUGAGGGGCGGCGAGGGCGGGUGAACCGCAGCCGCAGCCGGAGGGACGAGGCUCCGCGGCGGGCAGGGCUCGGAGCAGCGGCGGCGCGGGCCGGCGGGCAGGGGAAGGAAGGCUGGCGCCCUGCGGCUGGCGCUCGGCGGGCAGGAGGCGGCUGCGCCGGUGGAUCCCCGCGUUCCUGGCGCUCGGCUGCUGGGCGCCCCACGCCAUGUUCUCGGUGCUCUCCUACGGCAGGCUGGUGGCGCGGGCGGUCCUGGGCGGCCUGUCGCAGACGGACUCCCGCGACUACAGCCUGGUGACGGCCAGCUGUGGCUUCGGCAAAGAUUUCCGCAAGGGCAUCCUCAAGAAAGGCAUGUGCUACGGGGAUGACGCCUGUUUCGUGGCGCGGCACCGCACCGCGGAUGUGCUGGGGGUGGCAGAUGGUGUUGGUGGCUGGAGAGACUACGGGGUGGACCCUUCUCAGUUCUCAGGGACUCUCAUGCGGACGUGUGAACGUUUAGUAAAGGAAGGACGGUUUGUUCCAAGCAAUCCUGUUGGAAUUCUCACUGCAGGCUAUUGUGAGCUGCUGCAGAACAAAGUACCUUUGCUUGGGAGCAGCACAGCUUGUAUAGUAGUCCUGGACAGAUCAAGUCAUCGUUUACAUACAGCCAACUUGGGAGAUUCUGGAUUUUUGGUCGUCAGAGGUGGAGAAGUCGUCCAUCGAUCCGACGAGCAGCAGCAUUACUUCAACACUCCCUUCCAACUGUCAAUAGCUCCACCAGAAGCAGAAGGAGUUGUCUUAAGUGACAGCCCCGAGGCUGCUGACAGCACGUCCUUCGAUGUCCAGCUUGGGGACAUCAUCCUGACCGCCACAGACGGACUGUUUGACAACAUGCCUGACUACAUGAUCCUGCAGGAGUUGAAAAAGCUGAAGAACUCCAACUACGAGAGCAUCCAGCAGACUGCACGGAGCAUUGCUGAGCAAGCCCACGAGCUGGCCUAUGACCCCACGUACAUGUCACCCUUUGCACAGUUUGCCUGUGACAAUGGAUUGAAUGUCAGAGGGGGGAAACCAGACGACAUCACCGUCCUCCUUUCCAUCGUAGCCGAGUACACAGACUGAGGUGCUGUCCGAGCUCCCCGGGCCCCCCGGCCGGUUUCCUGCUGGCAGGAUUGUUCCUUCCUUCCCAGCUGCUCCGGGCAGCCAGCCCUGAGCCCGGAGCCUGGCCCGAGACGCAGCUGAGGCCCUUGCUAAGAACCACUCGUAGUCCACUGGUCUUGGUCUGCCAGCAAGAGAUGAAGAAGCUCAAGGCUUGGAGCUUGUCUUUGAGAGCUUAGUCCUUGUCCAGAACAGGGGAGGAUCCAUCCCCCAGCGUUGGAGAUGUGACUUUCCAAGGAGUGGGAUUGGUUGGUCACCUUUCAAACUAGAUCAGUAGGUAACGCCUCUGCACCAGGGCAUAUUACUCUAUUUCCUAGGAACGUUCGCUGUUGUUGAGGGUGUGUUACAGACCCAGUUCCAUAAAGCAUAGUCUUGUUCCAGUGAUAGCCGAGGUUUCGUGUUUCUGAGCUCCGGUUUUCAGGAGAUUUAUAACUGCUGUAAACAUUCUGCUCUUGCCAUCCAUGGUGUCAGCCUUAGGAGCCUUUUCUAGUACGAGAUUUCAAACAAACCUAGUUCAAGUUAUAUGGAUGCAAAUGUGUUUUGUGAUUUCAGGUGCUUAACUGUGAUCUUAAAAGUUCUGCAGAUCAUUCGUCCAUAAUGGGCCUGGUUCUGGAUGUUUUGGCUGUGGAUAAUUUUUUUUUUUUAAACAAAAAUUCUAGCUCAGUCUCAAACAGCCGAGCUGGCCACAGUUGAGGUCUUUCAGCAUUUGGACCCAUCUCAGCGUGGGGUGAUGGUAAAUGCUACGGUGGGAGGUUGCACAAAACAGCUCAUCCUCAACUCCGAGCGUCUUCACUUUGGGUAGAUAAUUCUGUUGUUAAUAUAAAACAUAAUUUGUGUUAAUGAUUGCCACUCUCGCUUGUAGAACAGAAUAUGCUGCACCAGUUUAAGUCCAGUUGAUCCUUUCUGACUCCAACAGGCACCUCCUUGCUUCUGCUGCGGCAGCGGCAGCGAGUACGAAAAUGGAAACUUAAUGAAUAAUCAGCAAAGCCUACAUUUCAUUUUAACUAAAGUUUAGGGGUUUCAAUGAUCCUUAAUGAUGUUUACAGUUAUCUAACAGCCACUUUGCAAUAUGACAUUUCCUUUUCAAUGACAGUAGCUCACAUUUGUCCCCCCUUUUCCAGCCAGCUUUCCUUUUCCUUUCCUGAGGCUCAUGUGAAAGCUGAGAGCUGUAAAGAUAUAUAUAUUUUUGGUCAGUUUUUCAUUAACUUUUUUGCUGGUAGAGAAGUAUGUAGAAAUAAAUUAAAGCCAUGUUUUUAUAUAUAAAAAGUCGGGUAAUGUUGCUGUUUAGGUGAGUGCAGUUAAACUUGGUCAGUAAGGAAUCUUGCCUGCUCUCAAGAGGAGAUUUUUACUACCUGGUUUAUUGUAUUAAAACUGUUUAAGUUUGAGGUUACCUCAACUUGUUUAAAGAAUUUUUGUGGACUUGUACUGUAUAUUUGCGUAACAAUGUCAAGCUUUUAUUUAAGGUCAUUUAACAUGUACCAUGUACAUGUCAUUUUACUAUAUUUCAGUGCAUCAUGCUUGUAACAGGCAUUUCAUUUAUAAUAAGUGAUUAAUUUGGGAGCUCUUCAGUAAUUUAUCUGCUAUUCCUCAAUUGGCAUAAUGUUAGAUAUCUACUUUAAAUCACCUUGUAAUUACUUGUCAAAAUGCCUUAACUACCCUAACUUGACCAAAAUAGGAUUUUGGUGAGGGUAUGGGGAGGAUUAUAUUAAUGAAGAAAAAUUAAUUAAUUUUGUGACACACGAACAGUGAGUGGUGGAGAACUUUGCACAACCUGUCAGUCCUUGUUGUUUUUAACCUGAACAAGCUGUCUCUGGCUGUCUUGGAGGAAUGUAUUCACAUGCAGAACAGGGCUUUGUUUCUUGUUUGGGAGGGGCCUUUCUCUCCCGACUCUGGCUGUCUUUACAUUUAUCCAGUAUUUACUCGCAUGCUUCUGGAUUAGAGCAGAUUUGAUCAAUUCUUCUUUUCCUUUGCCCUUCCCUUCAAGUGACGCCCCCGUGGCCCCGGGCUGUUCUCUGCUCUCAGCACAGUCCCCAGCCCUCCCUGUUCCCCUUCCUGGCUUUCCAGAGCUUUCCCUGGGGACUGUGUGGGUCAGGGGUCUGGAAUUCCCCAAUUCCCGCUCCUCCCUGUCUGUGUCCACAAAGCCGUUUGCCUCCUAUCACACCAUGACCUGUUGGGUUUUUUUAAAUAAAGAACAAAUUUGGCUUUUGAUUUACAAAUCAUGAGUUUUUCCCUCACCGGGCACACCAAAGACCAGUAAAGCUUUUAGCUUUUCCAUCUGUUUAUAAAGCAAUACUGUAUUAUAAAGAAUUGAUAUUUUUAUCACAUGCUUGAUUGUUUUGGGUUUUUUUUUAAGAUGUGCACUCUGAACAUAUCAAACCUGAUUUUUUCCUAUGAACUUAACGCUGUCUGCGCACAACUGAUCUUUGGAGAAGGAAAGGACAGGGCCCAUCCUAUCAAAAAUAAUUCCCAGCGAUGCAUGAAGCAGUAACACUUGCUAGGGGUUAGGUCAGUGGGAAUGUUCACCAGAGGAAUGUACAAGAAAGGUGUUUGCUGAGCACGAGCUGCCUUGGAGCUGCUGCAGAGGGUUGUGGUUGGUUUUGGGAGCUGCUGGGUUGGGAGCAGGAUCUGGAGGAACGGGAGGAGCUUCGUCCCCCAGGAACCUGGGAUUGCUGCACAGCGGCCGUGGGGAUCGGGGUGGGACAGGGCGAAGAUGUGAACUGGAGGAGCUCUGUGGUUCCUUGCUGUUUUCCUGGCUAUCUUUGGGAGAGCUGCCACAUACAGUCCUAAAUGUCCUUUUCAGGCUGAAAACAAAACCAAACCAAAAACCAGAUUUGGGACCAGGCAGUUACAAGUGAGUCGAGGAGAAGAGAGAGGUGAUGAUCUGGCAGGGAUGGGAGGAUUUAGUGAUGGAACAUCCUUUCUCCAGGGGAGGAGCAGCUGCUGUGUGGAAAAGCCGACUGUAUGCAGUAGUUUCUGACAAAGAUAGCUGAAACAAUGAAGCAAAUCCGAGUCUGUAUCUGAGGAUGCUUUUUUGUUGCUGUUAAAAUGAGACUAUCAUCUAUGCUUACCCAAGAGGCAAUUAUGUGAAUUUCAUGUCUGAGGUAUAACUUAUGCAGGAAUAGUUCUGUAAAUACAUUUAAAUAAAUUGUAAAGAUAUUUAAUAAAUAUAGUAUUUAUACUAAAA